GACUAGGCUCCGGCUGCCUCCGUGGCGCCCUGUACGGCCGUGGGUGGCAAGUGGCCUCAGAGGCUCGCCACCCCCACCCCCACCCCCGUCCUCGUUGAUGUGCCACAGUCCUAACUGGAUGUGCGGCUGGGAGAAGAAAGGGGGCCGGUGGGGGAGGCACUGCGGCGGCAGAAGCGGUGGCUUUUGCUGCGUUCCACUAGCCGGGAGCUCAGGCUGCUGGGGGAGGCUGCCACCGGGGUGCCGCUGCGGGUCGCCGUCUACCCGGGUACCGGCGAGGACAGAGCGAGAGGCUCUUCAUUGUCUGUGGGCCAUUGUUUGUCAGUCCUGAAGCGGCGCGGCAUACCUGCCAGGGAAAGCUUUUCUGGAGUAAACAUGAAUGUUGGAGUCGCCCACAGUGAGGUGAAUCCAAAUACCCGUGUAAUGAACAGCCGGGGUAUGUGGCUGACAUAUGCAUUGGGAGUUGGCUUGCUUCAUAUUGUCUUACUCAGCAUUCCCUUCUUCAGUGUUCCUGUUGCUUGGACCUUAACAAAUAUUAUACAUAAUUUGGGUAUGUAUGUAUUUUUGCAUGCAGUGAAAGGAACACCUUUUGAAACUCCAGACCAGGGUAAAGCAAGACUGCUAACUCAUUGGGAACAACUGGACUAUGGAGUACAGUUUACAUCUUCACGGAAGUUUUUCACAAUUUCUCCAAUUAUUCUAUAUUUUCUGGCAAGUUUCUAUACGAAGUAUGAUCCAACUCACUUCAUCCUAAACACAGUUUCUCUCCUGAGUGUGCUAAUUCCCAAAAUGCCACAACUACAUGGUGUUCGGAUCUUUGGAAUUAAUAAGUAUUGAAAUGUUUUGAAACUGAACAAAACUUUUUUACAGUUACUGAGUUCCUAUAAGGAAGGAGUGGUUAGUAAACUGCACUGUUUCUGUGAUAAUGUGAAAUGAGGAAUUUACAUUGGAGGGCCAAUUGGGUUCUUCAUAUGUUGUUUUGAAGUGCAGAUUUCUAUUAAAAGAUGUGCCUCUACUUAAUGCAUCUGGCAUAUGUCUGAAGAGAGGCUUUAUAAGCAGGCUGGGCAGGCCCAGCUUAUAAGAAAUGACAACACAGUGAGGGUGUAGUAGAUAAAUCCAAGGAAAUAAGAGAUUUGUAAGAAACUGAGACCAGCUUAACGUCAAUGAAUGGGCAUUAUGUUAGGAAAAGAAGAUUUCCAAUCAUUCAUUCAUAGUCACUUUAAGUAGACUUACAUGUAAAACAGAAUCAUCUCUUUAUAAGUUUAUUAAAGAUUGUUUUUAUUAC